GGAAAGUUAAAGUGAAAUCAGUCGCUGCUUCUUCCGCUCUGGGCGCUAAAGUGGAGAGUCGUGUGUGAGCAGCGAAAUGACUGUAUGAAGACCAGCGGAGGAGUGUAUUAGUGUGAAUCUGUAGGACGAGACAAACACAUAAAAAUGGCAAGUGUGAGCAACACUGAGUUCAAGCUCAUCGGACUUCGUGUUGAUGAGUAUCAGUCUGGCUCUGCAGUCACUCUCUCCUGUCACCUGUCUCCUGAAAUCAGUGCUGUUGCCAUGGAGAUCAGGUGGUUUAAGGGGACGGACUGUGUUUGUCUCUAUAAGAACAGGCAGGUGACAGAGGGGCGGGGCUACGAGGGCAGAGUGAGUCUGUUCACUCAGGAGCUGCAGAGAGGAAACGUCUCCUUACAGAUCAGAGACUGUACAGAGUCAGAUGCAGGACAGUACCUGUGUCAGGUCACAAAUAGAGACACAACAGAGGAGAUUACAGUUAAAGUGCGAGAUCUUUCCCCGCUGCGAAGAAGAGUUUUCAUUGUCCAGCAGAGUGACAGAAAGCUGACAGAAGAGGAGAGAAUGAAAAUGGAAGAAUCUUCUCUGCAGACUGAAUUAAAAGACGAGAGGUUUCCUGGGCCUAUACUUAAGAAUUUGAUGGCCUUAAUUGAAGAAAAGGCAGAGAGGGAACACCUGAAAGAAGCUGAGGCUGAAUUGGAGAACACAGCCAAGCAAACAGACCGUGAAGAAGAAUUAAAAGAGUUAGAAAAGCAUCAAGAGGAGAGAGAGAGCAUCAGAGAGGUCAUUCUGGAGAUCAGAGAGAUGCAGGAAAGAAUAAUGAGAGAAAGAGUGGAGAUGAGACAAAGAGAGGAACAGGAGAUCGGAGGAAAGAUGAGAGCUGUUGUGGAUGCUUUGAGGAGCUCAGCAGAACCAGCUGAAACGCUGAAGGAAAUUAUAAAGCAGCAUGAAACCAAAAAACAUGAAUGUAAGCGAAAGUUAACACAGGAAAAACACAUGGGGAAGAGGAGAGAGCUGGAGAGAGAAGUGAAGAGACAAGAUGAGCAUGUGAAGAAAGCUAAACAAGAGCUAGAAAGGAUGCAGGAGAAGAGGAGGAUGAUGGUGACGAGUCACAGACUAGAGGUGAAGAUCAGAGAGAAGAAUGCAGUAAAAGCUGACAGAUACUUCAUCAGGAACCUGCCUGAAUUUGUCACUCAGGCUGUUAUAACAAACAAACAGAAAGAGUUUGAUAGUAAGAUGAGUGAAAAAAACAAAGAGUUAGAAAUACUGAAAAAAAGCCUCUCAGAGAUGGAUAAACAAAGAGAAAAGGAAUUAGAGGAGAGGAAUAAGACUUUAGAGGAGAAAAACAACCAAAUUAAAAGCAGUAAAAAGCAGCUGGAGACUCUGGCAAAGGAACUGCAGGAUAUGAGCAGCAAACUACAGGAGAUGAUGAUCCUAUUGGAACAACAGAAAACUGAAGUGAGUGAAAAAGACAAACAGCUCGAAGAGAAGGAGAGACUUCUAAGUGGGAGAAUCAAGCAGCUGCAAGAAAGACCAGACUCAUUAGAAGCAGUCAGGAGAAGAUUCAGUAAGGAGAAUCCUUAUGACUUGAGUGGAAAGACUUCAGCAGCACCGCUGACACGAACAAACAGUAACAACAUUUUUCAUCCACAAAUGAGUGGAGAAUCCUCUAGUUCAGCCUCUCCAGAGUCAGUUCCUGUAUCAGAGCUCAGGCUGGUGCUGCUGGGGAGGACUGGAUGUGGGAAGAGAGCAGCAGGAAACAUCAUCCUGGGCAGAGAGGAGAGGAGCCAGGCUGGACCGUCUACAGUGAGGCAGCAGAGUGAGAGCAGACAGGGGGAGGUAACUGGGAGGCAGGUGACUGUGGUGGACACUCUUGACUGGUUCUGUCCUGGACUCUCUCUGGAGGAGCUGAGACAGGACGUGGGACUCUGUGUCCGUCUGUCUGCCCCAGGACCCCACGCCUUCCUCCUAGUCAUACCAGUGAAGCAGUCUACAGGAGAGGAGAGAGGCAUGCUGGAGAAAAUAGACGAGAUUUUUGGAGAGAGAUGUUGGAGGAACACCAUGAUCCUUUUCACCAUUACUGAUGGAGUCCAAGAGAAGAACAUUGAAGAGUUUAUCCAGUCAGGAACCCAGGAAGUCCAGAGACUUGUAGAGAAAUGUGGGAACAGGUUUCACUGUCUCAUCAUUAAGGAGAGUGGAGAUGGUUCUCAAACCUCAGAGCUGCUGGAGAAGAUAGAGAAGAUGGUGGAAGGAAACAGAGAGAAAUUCUACAGCAGUGAGACCUACCUGGAGACAGAAUCUCAGAUCAGAGAGAUGGAGAAAAGAAUUGUGAGGGAAAGAGAGGAGAUGAGAGAAAGACAAGAAAGAGAAACUAGAGAGAAACUGGAGAGGCAUGUACAAGAGAUUACAAUGAAGUAUCAAGAAUCAACUGCUGGCUUUCAAACACAAAUUACUCAGCAUGAGGAACGAAUAGCUAAACUUGAAAAACUGCUAGAAGAAGAAAGAGAUGAGAAGAGAAAGGUAGAACUAGAGAGAAAACUGGAGAGAGAGAUUCAGCAGAGGAAUAAGGUUCAGUUGGAGCUGGAGAGACUGAGAGAAGAGACUGAAAAGGAGAGGAAGGAGAUGGAGGAGAGACACAUACAGGAGAUGGAGGAGAUCAGGGAGAUGUAUGAAGGAGAAGCCAAGAAGGAGGCAGAGAGGAACCUCAUGAAGAUCAUCCUGCCUGAACUCCAGCAGAGAAUGUGGGAAGUCAUGACAAAGAAACUGAAAGAUUUUGAUUGUAGGAUGGACGAAAAGGAGAGAGAGAUAGAAACACUAAGACGGAGGCUCAGAGAAGGAGUCAGAGAGGGAAUCACAGCAGGAGGAGAUGAUCAUCAGGAGGACACUAGAGGACUGUUUAGCAGGUUAACACAGCGGCUCCUUUGGGGAACACUCAGUGAUCCAGUUAUAAUCACUCGGUCAGAUCAGUGAGAGCUCCUGACUGACUUUCAGUCAUAGCAGAAGCACUGAUUUGAGAAGUGAGCUCAGAAUGACUAAUGACUUUUCCCUUGGCUGCCUUCUCUGUCACGGUAUGUGAUCAUCAUAUAAUAAUAAUUGUGUUUAUGUAGCAGUUUUCAUUUUGUUUACAAAAUCUCACUGGCCCUGUGA